UUACCAGUCCCAAGAGUAGGGAGAGAAGGGGGAGAUGGUGUUUAUAACACGUCGUUGCUAUCCUGCUGCGUACGGACGGCGGCAAAGUGACCGCCCGCCUCCAUCGACGCCUGCAAAUUGCACUGGCAGGAUGUAAAGUUAGUAUGUGAGUAAACUACAUGCAUACAUAUACACACAUGGAUGUAUAAUAUGGUCUCUGGUCUGUGGUGAGGUGAGCCGUGAGUGCGCCAACGCAGUAGUCAUGUGCAGGCGUUACAAGGCGUCGAUUGGGUAUUUUUAAAAGGAGAAAAACAAUCAAACGGUCGUUCGGUGAGUUCGCCACCGACCGUAAUAUUUUGGCGUGUAUACGUGUGUGCGCAGGGGUUUCAACUGAUCGAGGACUUACUAUUUUGCAAAAAUGUUAUUAAAAAUAUAUUCAUCGCUUAUCAUUUUAGCCGAGUUUUAAGAAAAGUUGCGAUGUACUAGUUCUAACUUUUGGUUAAAUUAAAUAUUAAUUAAAAAUUAUGAGUUGAUCAUACAUUGGUGCAUUUUCUAUUUGAAGACAUUUUCUUAAUACAUUAGACAAUGUCUUACGACACUCCGAAACGUAGCAAAGACGAUUGUUACACUAAAAUUACAUUACUCAGGCAACCAUCAAUUAUAUCAAUUAUGGAUGAAGUAAUGAAAUCAAUUAAUGAGUGCAAUACUAUCCGAUAUGCAUCCUACAGAACUGCAUGUAAAAUGCAAAUUUUGCAUAGAAUUUUAAAUAUGCAUUAUGUACAUGUAGAACUCAUUGCAGCAAUUUUUGAACGACAUAGAUUGUCAGUUACAGAAAAUGCUGUAGAUUUAGAUAUACAUGAAAUAGAUGAUGUUCUAUCAGAUAUAUAUUUUGCUGCUCAAAGAGAAAGUAAUAAGAAUUUUGAUAUUGAUCAAACCACAAAAUUAGCAUUAAAUUUCAUUUAUAAAAUUUUUAACAAAAAAGAAGAUAGUCACAUUUCAGUUAUUUCUGUCAAAACUGUUUUGACAUUAAUCAGUUGUGGGCGCUUGGAAGAAAAGUAUGGUUAUUUAUUUCAUCAAUUGGCAGAUCAUAAUGCAUGUUUAACUAAAGCAUCUUUAAAAUCUCUUUUAAAUAAUAUAUGUAAAAUAACUGAACUGUUGGGUGAAACAGUUGCAUAUGGAAACCAUCUCAUCCCUGCGAGUGUUGAUAAUUGUUUUAAAGAGUCACAAGGUUGUCUUGGUGUAACGGAGGCAGAAUUUGCAGAUUGGCUGAUGCAAGAACCUCCACUAUUAAUGUGGAUCACAACAUUAAAUAGAAUAAAAUCAGCUGAACAAAUUAUCCACAAUGUUAAAUGUUCUUCAUGCAAAACCUCACAAAUAAAAGGACCAAGAUAUUUAUGUUUAAAAUGUAGUAGCUACAAUUUGUGUCAGAAUUGUUUUCUAUAUGAUAAAGUUUCAAGUAAACAUAAAUUAAAACAUCCAGUCAGAGAAUAUUGUACAAAGACAAGUAGUCGAGAAGUAAGAAAACUGCUUCUUGAGCUUUUCAGAAAUAAAUUAAGAUUAUGUCCUAGGAACGUGGACACUACUUUAGAUGAUUUUUCAGGAUUUAACUUAGAACAAACAAAUAAUUUUGAUUCAAUGUCUAUUAGAAGUACCAUGAAGAGAAGAAUUCUUAAUGAUCCUCAAAAAGAAUUGCAAAGUAUUAUCACUAGACUAGAAGAUGAAAACAGACAACUUCAAAUAGAACUGAAAGGAAUUAGCGAUACUAGAAUAGAAAAAUUACAAAACCAUAGGGUUGCAAUUGAAUCACAAUUAGAAAGGCUAAAAAUUUUAAAGAAUUACCUUUUUUUACCUGGAACAAAGAGAGUUCUCCAACCAGUUAAUAGUAAUUUGAGUUUCAUACAAAGUACUCCCAUGGUUCACACCGCUGUAUCCAGAAUAGCAGCCCUGCCAUUAGAGUUUCAAUUAAGCCCAAUAGUACAUUAUAAUAGCAGCCCGCAUUAUGAAAAUUCUGAUGUUCUUAAUGUUAAUGAAAUAACUACUCAAAUAAAUUCAUGCAGUGAGCAAAGUGAAUCAACUUCUAGCAAUGAUCCUGAUUUUUCUAGCAACACACAGAUUGAGCCAAGUACAUGGAUUGGAGGACAUCGUACAACAUUUGACUCUAGUGAUAGUGGUUUCUCUCAAUGGUUGAAUAAUUCUUCUAAUAAUAAAAAUAAAUCAGAUUCUUCAAAUUAUAAAGGAAACAAAAAUAAUUCUGAAAUAGAUAACAUUAAGAAAGAUAUCUUGCCAUCUUUAAGACGUAGUGAUAAAAAUUCGGAACAUAGUAGUCUGCAAAAUAUUCAAGGUGAUCUUAAUGACAUUUUGGACAGAUUACAAAAUAUGGUUGCCAAUGACUGUUUACUAGAAGAUACUUUUAGCGAAGAUAAUAAUUGCGAAUUAAAAAGAGCUGCUACAGAAAUGGAAGAUUUACUAACAGGUCUUAUUGAAGGUAUGGAAUCACGAAAAGGCAAACUUACGACAAUUGUAUAGAAAAUAAUUAGUA